AUGGGUGUUAUAUUGCCUUCCAGUUUUGUUGUUGGUGCCCGAUGGAUUGGAUAUCCAAAUCUUUUUAUAACAUUUACCUGCAAUCCUAAGUGGCCUGAGAUUCAGAGGUUUGUUAGGUCUAGGGUUCUAAAAUCAGAUGAUCGUCCUGAUAUCGUUAGUAGGAUGUUUAAAGUGAAGUUGGAUGGUUUCAUAAGGGAUGUGAAGACUAAGAAAAUAUUUGGAGCCAUUAAAGCAGUUAUUUACACCAUUGAGUUUCAGAAAGGAACUUAUGAUGCAUGGUUCGUGUGGUGUGGUUUAAAAUCAUCCCAUUGCAUGCGUGAUGGACGUUGUACUAUGUAUUAUCCGAAGAAAUUUGUUUCUGAUACAGUAUUUAAUGAUGAUGGUUAUCCCAUUUAUAGGCGUAGAGAUAAUGGUCGGGUUGUGUUGAAGGAUGGUGUUUCUUUGGAUAACAGAUAUGUUGUGCCUCACAAUCAUUUUCUCCUUGUGAAAUAUGGUGGUCAUAUUAAUGUCGAGUGGUGCAAUCAGUCCCGUUCAAUCAAGUAUUUGUUCAAAUAUGUACAUAAGGGUUAUGAUAGGGUGAGGACUUCUUUUUUCCAAUCUGGUGUUGAUGGUGCUGAAAAGAAUUUGGAUGAAGUUAGUUUGUAUUAUGAUUGUAGAUAUGUAUUUUCAUGUGAAGCUGGUUGGAGAACUUUUGGAUUUGAGAUUCAAUACAAGGAUCCUUCUGUUGAACGGUUGAGUUUUCAUCUCUCUAAUGAACAUCAUGUCAUUUUUUAUGAAGCCGAUUCUUUAGAUAACGUCUUCAAUCGUAGGACGAUUCAUGAGAGUAAGUUCUUAGGUUGGAUGGAGGCAAAUAAGUUAUAUUCUGAAGGUAGAAAUUUGACAUAUGGUGAAUUUCCAACCAAGUUUGUAUGGAAGAAGGAUCAUUGGCAACCUAGAAAACAACGUUAUUCGGUUGGGAGGUUAUUUUAUGUUGCUCCCGGAUCUGGUGAUAUGUAUUACUUGAGAUGUUUGUUGAAUAUUGUUAAGAGAGCUAAAUGUUAUGAGGAUCUUAGAUUUGUUAAUGGUGUUCAGUGUGAUUCAUUUAGAGAUGCAUGCUUCGCUUUAGGAUUGUUGGAUGACAAUAAGGAGUAUAUUGAUGGAAUUGUUGAGGCUUCUUUUUGGUCGUCUGCUCAUUCACUGAGAUUGCAAUUUGUAAGUCUGUUGUCAUCAGAAUCUGUAUCUCGACUGGAUGUUUUAUGGAAAAAGUAUUGGAAACAUUUAUCUGAUGAUGUUGUUUAUAAUCAAAGAAAAUUAAGGAAUCGACCAGAUUUGGUGCUGAGCGAUGAUGAAAUUCAUAAUAUUGUGUUAGCCGAUGUUGAGAAAUUAUUAAUGAACGUUGGUAAAAGUUUGCAUGACUACCAUGGUAUGCCGUAUCCAGAACCACAGUAUUUUGAAACAUUUCAAAAUACUUUGAUCAGUGAUGAGUUGUCAUACGAUCGUGAUGCUUUAGGAAGAGAACACUUGGAAUUUCUAUCAAAGUUUACAGAUGAGUAA